AGGUGACGCGCUGCUCUGACUCGCCAUCGCAGGACCAUCGCAUUCUUCUCAGAGCCGACGCGAUCCACGCACCGACAUCUAUACCACACGGAUAUUAUUUCGUCGCUUUGCUGGAUCACGAGAAGAGGCGCGGAAUGGGCUGUCGAGAGCUUUUCGUGUUACUGAUGACCGCGACAUCGACGCUCGCUGCUGAGGUGCCGUCGGACUCCGGUACCGGACUCCUGGCCGAGCCGCAGGUCGCCAUGUUCUGCGGGAAACCCAACAUGCACAUCAACGUUCAGACGGGGAAAUGGGAACCCGAUCCGUCCGGAAGCAAGAGCUGCAUCGGGACUAAAGAGGGAAUCCUGCAGUACUGCCAGGAGGUGUAUCCAGAGCUUCAGAUCACAAACGUGGUGGAGGCCAAUCAGCCGGUCAGUAUCUGGGACUGGUGUAAGAAGGGCCGGAAGCAGUGCCGCAGUCACAUGCACAUCGUGGUGCCGUAUCGCUGCCUGGUCGGGGAGUUCGUGAGCGACGCUCUGCUGGUUCCUGAUAAGUGUAAGUUCCUGCACCAGGAGCGCAUGGACAUGUGUGAGAGCCACCUGCACUGGCACACCGUCGCCAAAGAGUCCUGCGGCGACCGCAGCAUGAAUCUCCAUGACUACGGGAUGCUGUUGCCAUGCGGUAUCGACCGUUUCCGUGGCGUCGAGUUCGUCUGCUGCCCUGCAGAAGCGGAGAAAGAGUCGGACAGCGCAGCCGCGGAGGAGGACGAUUCAGACGUGUGGUGGGGAGGAGCCGAGAACGACUACAGCGACAACAGCAUGACGCGAGACGCAGGAUCCGAACCGGCCGUGGUGGAGGAUGACGAGGAUCAGGACGAGGAAGAGGAGCUUCUGGACAAAGACCAGGAUGGAGACGGAGACGAGGAUGUGGAUGAGGAGGAGCGCCAGAGCAUCAGCGUCGCCAUGACGACCACCACCACCACGGAGUCGGUGGAGGAGGUGGUGCGAGAGGUGUGUCUUGCGAGUGCAGAGACGGGCCCCUGCAGGGCCACGUUGACCCGCUGGUAUUUUGUGCGUGAGGAGGGCCGCUGCGCUCCCUUCAUCUACGGCGGCUGCGGAGGAAACCGCAAUAACUUUGAGUCGGAGGAGUACUGUCUGUCCGUCUGCAGCGGCGUCUUGCCGACUCCCUCCUCCAGUCCUCCGGACGCUGUGGACCGAUAUCUGGAGACACCGGCCGACGAGAACGAACACACACACUUUCUGAAGGCCAAAGAGAGCCUGGAGGCCAAACACCGCGAGCACAUGUCUCAGGUGAUGAGGGAAUGGGAAGAGGCCGAGAGGCAGGCAAAGAGUUUACCACGCAAUGACAAGAAGGCCGUUAUCCAGCACUUCCAGGAGAAGGUGGAGGCUCUGGAGCAGGAGGCAGCCAGCGAGCGACAGCAGCUGGUGGAGACACACAUGGCGCGGGUGGAGGCGCUGCUAAACGACCGCCGACGCCUCGCUCUGGAGAGCUAUCUGUCUGCCCUGCAGGCCGAUCCACCCCGGCCGCGGCACGUGUUCAGUCUGCUGAAGAAGUACGUCCGCGCCGAGCAGAAGGACCGACAGCACACGCUCAAACACUUCGAACACGUGCGCAUGGUCGACCCCAAGAAAGCGGCGCAGAUCCGGCCUCAGGUGCUGACCCAUCUGCGUGUGAUCGAGGAGCGGAUGAAUCAGUCUCUUGGUCUGCUGUACAACGUGCCCGGAGUCACUGAAGACAUUCAGGACCAAGUCGAGCUGUUGCAGCGCGAGCAGCAGGAAAUGUCGGCUCAGUUAGCGAAUCUGCAGAGCGACUUGAGGGUGAGUUACGGUAAUGAUGCCCUGAUGCCCGACAGCACCGACAGCCUCGACCUGCUGCCCUCCGAAGACACACAGGGCUUCAUCCACCCAGAGAGCUUCAACCAGCCCAACACACAGAACCAGGUUGAGCCGGUGGACGCGCGACCUGUCCCGGACCGAGGCCUGCCGACCCGACCAGUGUCUGGACUGAAGCCUGAUGAUGUUCCUGAGCUGCGGAUGGAAGCCGAAGAGAGACACAGUGAAGUUUACCACCAGAAACUGGUUUUCUUCGCCGAGGACGUGAGCUCCAAUAAGGGAGCUAUUAUUGGCCUGAUGGUCGGAGGUGUUGUCAUAGCAACCAUCAUCGUCAUCACCCUGGUGAUGCUGAGGAAGAAGCAGUACACAUCCAUCCACCACGGAAUCAUUGAGGUGGACGCUGCUGUGACCCCGGAGGAUCCUCACCUGUCUAAGAUGCAGCAGAACGGCUAUGAAAACCCCACCUACAAGUUCUUUGAACUAAUGCACAACUGAUGGUGUGAUGCUCCUCUUCCUCCCUGUUUCUCCUCCUCCUCCUCACCUCUGCAGACGGUGCAGGAGACACCAGCCCAACCUCACCGCUCAUUAACAUCUCGCUUCCUAUUGGCCACUUCACAUAACUGUCAAUCAAACAUGACUUCCCACUGGCUGGACGCAUAUGAACUCAGUCAGUUCUGAAUUCACUCCAGAUUUUGGACGAACAUCAACUUUAUCAGAUGGGGUCUGUUUCAAGUAGUUGAAAUACAGUUUCAAAUUUAACGCACAAUUCAAUCUGAAUGCACACUUCACUUCGAUUCACUGCAGAUUGUUCAGCUCUAACCUUCCAAGGGCUAGAAGAAUAUGAACAUGAUCAGAUUAAUGCUGUUUGGGUCAGUUUCGAGAUUCAGUUUCAGACUUGAAUGGACAAUUCAAAAUCCGUUCGAAUUCAGAUCACUCACACUGUAGAACUGGAUUAAUCAUUUCAGUUCAAAUCACAAAUUGAAUGCAUAAUUUGAAUUCAGUUAAAAUCACAAACUGGAUUAAACACAAUUGAAUCGAAUUUAAUGCACAAAUCAAAUUCACUUCAAUUCACAAAUUAAUUUGAACACCUAAUUCAGAUCCUCCUCAAUUAGCUCCAAAAACAAAAACC